AUGAAAUAUUACAUAGAAGAAACAAAAUGGAAACAAAUUUUUGCAAAUUUGAAAAGUGUAAAAGGAAUACACAGUAAAAACGAAGAUCGGAUAAGAAGGUUCAUGGAAUCAGUGUGGUACAUGGCUCGAAGUGGUUGCCAAUGGCGACUUUUACCAGAAAUAUAUGGCAAUUACAGAAGCGUACAUAAGAGAUUCAAAAAGUGGUGUGAAAAGGGAAUUUGGGAAAAGCUGCUCAAAUAUACACAAGAUCCAGAUUUGGAAGUGCAAAUGAUAGAUGGAACACAGCAAAGGUGGCUUUACAACAAAGAUACAUGCUCUUGA